AUGCCGAGGAAGUUGAUUCUCAUAUAUCUCUCACUGAUCAUCGCCGCCGGAGCCGGACCGUUACGCACGACGCCGGAGGACAACCUCUGGAUGCGAGAUGGUGUAGCUUUCAGGAUCGUGCUCUUCGCCGACCUGCACUUCGGCGAGGACGCGUGGACCAAGUGGGGCCCCAGGCAGGACUUGAACUCUGUGGGGGUUAUGUCUGCUGUGCUAGACGAUGAGCAUCCAGACUUUGUGAUUUAUCUUGGAGAUGUGAUCACGGCCAACAAUAUAAUGGUAGAAAAUGCAAGCUCGUAUUGGGAUCAAGCUGUGUCGCCAACGAAGGCGAGGGGGAUACCGUGGUCUACCAUAUUUGGGAAUUACGAUGAUGCCCCGUUUGAGUGGCCGCUGGAGUGGUUUUCAGAGAUCGGGAUUCCUCAGCUCUGUUGCCCGGCUGCAAAUGCCUCGUUUGCCGAAUGCAGUUUCAGAGGCACGACGCGUCUGGAGCUGAUGAAAAGUGAGAUGGAGCGCAACACAUUAUCCUUGUCCAACGGCGGGCCAAGAGACCUAUGGCCCAGUGUCUCAAACUAUGUCCUCAAACUGUCAUCCGCGAGCAAUGCUCAGGAGCCGGUGGCUUUCAUGUACUUCUUCGACUCCGGGGGUGGCUCGUAUCCGGAGAUCAUAUCACACGCGCAGGUGAAGUGGUUUCAGGAGAAAUCUCAAGAGAUCAACCCUUAUUCAAGGUAGGCAACAACACUUGAGUUUUGAAAUUGAUGGCGCGUUCUAAUUCUUGGUGGAUGAUGUUAGGGUUCUGGAGAUCAUAUUUUGGCACGUCCCGAGCAAAGCAUACAAGAAGGUGGCUCCAAAGUUGAGCAGAGGCACGCA